GGACAGGUGAUCCGGAGCCGGUUGGAACCUCCAUUUUCUCCAAUUUCCUUUAUGGAUGGAGCAAGAUUGGAUCUUGCUGAUGGGUGGGUGGCGGUUGGAUUAGCAGUGGGCCUAGUCCAGCUUGCUAGGUCUGCUCAGAGGAUGGCCCUGCUGUGCCGUAUAAAAGAAAAAAAAAAAAGAAAGGCUCACAUUUUUCAAACAUCAAACCCUAAUAAGCCCCCGCAACUCUGAGAACUAUUCAUUCAGGGUUUUAGAUUGACUUUCAAUAUGGCACCAGAAGGAGAAGAUGAAGAAAUGAAAACGUUUAAGGAUUUAGGUUUAUGUGAACAACUAGCUGAAGCCUGUGACACUCUAGGUUGGAAAAACCCGUCCAAAAUCCAAGCUGAAGCUAUCCCUCAUGCUCUUGAAGGGAAGGAUUUGAUUGGGCUUGCGCAAACUGGUUCUGGAAAAACUGGAGCGUUUGCACUUCCUAUUCUAAAUGCCCUAAUAGAGGCUCCUCAAGCAUUCUUUGCUUGUGUGCUGUCGCCAACACGUGAGCUAGCAAUUCAGAUUGCUGAACAGUUUGAAGCUUUGGGAUCUGGUGUAGGCGUCAAGUGUGCAGUGCUUGUUGGAGGGGUCGACAUCAUGCAACAGUCGAUUAACCUUGCAAAGAGGCCACACAUAAUUGUGGGAACGCCUGGGCGUCUUGUAGAUCAUCUGUCAAAUACAAAGGGUUUUAGUCUCCGCACUUUAAAAUACUUGGUCCUGGAUGAGGCGGAUAGGUUGCUGAAUGAGGACUUUGAGAAAACAAUCGACGAUAUUUUGAAGGCUAUUCCUCGGGAGCGUAGAACAUAUUUAUUUUCUGCUACUAUGACCAAAAAGGUAAAAAAGCUCCAACGUGCAUGUCUGAGGAAUCCCGUGAAGAUUGAAGCAGCAUCUAAAUAUUCGACUGUUGAUACGCUAAAGCAACAAUAUCGUUUUGUUCCUGCGAAGUACAAGGAUUGCUACCUUGUAUUUAUUCUGAGCGAGAUGUCUGGAAGCACGUCAAUGGUUUUUACUCGCACAUGUGAGGCAACUCGUCUUCUAGCUUUGCUUCUGCGAAAUCUUGGUUUAAGGGCCAUCCCUAUUAGUGGUCAAAUGAGUCAGGCCAAGAGACUUGGAGCCUUGAACAAGUUUAAGGCAGGAGAAUGUAAUAUUCUUUUGUGUACUGAUGUUGCAAGUCGAGGUCUUGACAUUCCUUCUGUGGACAUGGUUAUAAACUACGAUAUACCUACCAACUCCAAGGAUUACAUCCACCGAGUGGGUAGAACUGCACGUGCUGGAAGAUCUGGGGUUGCAAUCUCUCUAGUCAAUCAAUAUGAACUGGAGUGGUAUAUUCAAAUUGAGAAGCUCAUUGGCAAAAAGCUUCCAGAAUUUCCUGCUCAAGAAGAAGAAGUACUGCUCUUGCUGGAGCGUGUCACAGAAGCCAGAAGAAUAUCCAUCACGAAACUCAAAGAGAGCGGAGGCAGACACAAAAGAAGAGGGGCAGAAGAUGACGGUGAGGAAAUCGACAAAUAUGUAUCAAACAAGAAGGGCGGAGGAGUACGAGGAGGAGGGCGAGGAAGAGGAGGCCGAGGCGGAGGAGAAGGAAGAUCAAAGAAGGCGAGGCACGAAUGAAUGGAUGGCCGAGGAAAAGAUUUGCUCAUGUUCCUUUAAUGGAAAAAAAAAGACAAGUAAAACCAUAUAGUAUUUUCUCAUGUUCCUCUAGAAUAUAAAGGAACCAUCCAUUGUUUAUGAAAUUCGUUUCGACCCUGAUGUAAAGAUUUGCAGUUAAGAGUUAUGCAAAUGCAGUUUUGUUCGUGCACUAAUGUUUGGUUUUCCUAAAGAGAACAACCUAUCUCACUUCAACAGCUAUUGGUUUUGUAAGUGGUAAGGUAACAUUAAAUUUCUGUAUAUUUUCUGCAACACGGCAAUAUGACUUGCCCAGAAAUAGGUUUCUGUUUUUUCCAGCCUCAA